AUGGUUAGAAAAACAAGAAGUGAUAAAAAAGAUACAAUCUGUAAAUGUUGUGGUAGUGAAUGCUCAACACCUCAAAAACUUCAUGAGCAUCUUAAGCGAAAAAAUCUAUGCAAACCAUUACAAGAAGCUAACCAACAACCCAUUGAAGAGGAUAUUCAAAAACCUGUUCAACCAGGAGGAGGCAGACAAAUGGUUAAUCCAAAUGCCCAAAAACCUGGUAAACAUUUUAGAACAUGGGGAACACAACUACAAAAAAAAUGGAAAGAACUUGGUCUAGGUGAAUGUCUUAAAACAGAAAACUUGGAUGACUGUAUGACUCUCUGUCAUGAUCUUGAACAAUACGAUCCAGAAUUUAGAGAGCAAGAAGAGUUGGGAAUGGUAGUUAAAAGAAGAGCUAUAGCUGUAUAUCGUGCAAAAGUUCCUAAAUCUCAUCCAGAUAAUGGAAGCGAUAUACGAAAAAUGUUAGAAAGCCGAAGAAAGCAGUUUAGAGAAAUACUUGAAAAGGAAUUCGAUAAGCGUGGACAAUUUAAGUUCGCUCUAUGUUCUCUUACCAAAUUUCUUAUAGAUAAUAAACCUGGAAAUAAAAAACAGGGAAAAAAGAAUUCACGAACUGACUGGCUUAGAAAUAUGCAAAUUAUAGUUUAUAAUAGAAAUGAAAUAGAUGAUUACUUAAGCAGUGCUUUUGAACAGAUCCUAUACCAAGUGGAGGAGAGAGGAG